AUGGAAAAAAUUUUGCUACUCACUGCAGUUGGUGCAGGUUCCGCAGGAUGCGCUCUGGCCAAUCGUCUCACGGCUGAUGGCAGCAACAACGUGUUACUUCUGGAAGCCGGGGGCCUCGAGGACGCGGCCGUGCAGGUUCCGCUUUUCUCGGCUCUUUUACAGCGAACUGACAUUGACUGGGACUACACAAGCGAACGGCAACACAACGCCAGCUUAUCCGUCGACGACCAGAUUAACAGAUUCCCGCGUGGCAAAGUGUUCGGCGGCUCGAGCUCGAUCAACCAUAUUAUUUACGCUCGGGGAAACCGCAAAGACUACGAUAAUUGGGUAUCCCGGUAUGGCGCCGAGGGCUGGUCUUUCAACGACGUGCUGCCAGAUUUCAUCAGUAUUGAAACAUCUUACUUAGGCAUCGACAAUGGCUACCAUGGCGACAGUGGAGAAGUACCGGUCAGUUUCCCCAGCUCACACACAAAGGCUAGUGACUUGUUCUUAGAAGCUGGCCGGGAACUUGGUUACAGCAACGACGACUAUAAUGGGCCGAACCAGACAAGGAUGAAUGCUGUGGGCGUGGAGUACAAACGGUACCUCGGAACACAUACCGUUCGGGCAAGGAAAGAAGUCAUACUGUGCGCUGGAGCCAUUGCUUCUGCACAGCUGCUGAUGCUAUCUGGCAUUGGCCCUCGCGACCAUCUCGAGUCACUGGCGAUCUAUGACAAUUACUACAAGAAGAAGCAAGGGGACAACGUAUUAAUGAUUGUGCCAGUACUUCUGCGUCCAAAGUCAUCAGGCUACAUUCGGCUGAAAAGCGCAGAUCCUGAAGAGUAUCCUAUUAUUGAGCCUAAUUUUUUUGCGGAUUCCUCAGACCUUGACACAAUGAUUGAGGGUGUCACAGAGCCGUCAUGUUGCAAAUAUUUCGGCAUACAAUUAUUGUGUACGCUCAUACUUUCAGGCUCCAAGAUUGCCGCGCAGACGCUGACUACGCAGGCCAUGAAGAAUGGCAACGUCACCAUUUGGGAUGUCGCCCUGCCUGCGUGCGAGUCGGCAGGACCCUUGUGGAGCGAACCAUACCUGCGUUGCUUUGUGCAGCACACAUCACUCAGCGGUUGGCACCCUUGUUGCACUGCCCCGAUGGGGACGCACUCUCAGGCUGUGCUGGAUCCAAGACUCAGGGUACUUGGCGGCGUGAAAAAGCUACGGGUUGUGGAUGCUUCAUCGAUGCCUUACCUUACAGCAGGAAACCUUAAUUCACCACUAAUGAUGAUGGGUCACCGAGCUGCUGCCAUGAUUAUGGAAGACAACUCGCAGUGA